GGGGCUCGCCCCAUCCCUCUUUGGCUGGCGGUGUCCCCAUAGAAAUCAAAUGAAACGAGCGGCUGGCUUGCUUAGCUGCGGUGGCCUGCUCUCACACCACCACCCACCUCCUGUCUUUCCCCCAAGUACACAACUGUUGUUUGGUUCUACUGGUUUGAACUCUCAACAAGUCUAAUUCUCUCUCUCUCUCUGUCUCUCUCUCUCUGUGGAAUAGGAAAAUGGCGACAAUGCACUCGUACACUCUCUCUUCUCCAAUUUCACACUGUUCAAAACAUCAACGGGCACUAUCUGGCUUAAUUGCUUCCCCAUCGGCUUGUGUUUGUCGAAGUGCACGUUCAUCCUUCAAUGGACAAACAUUGCAGCUUUCUAUCUCAAAAACAAACCUCAGGAAAUCAGGAUCCGUUUAUUCCAGGCCACUCAUAAUGGCAGUGAAGCCAGCCAUUCAGUUCAUUCAAGGAACUGAUGAGCAGACUGUUCCAGAUGUUAGACUGACAAAGUCUAGAGAUGGAACAAACGGUGUGGCAACAUUCAUAUUUGAUCAACCAUCUGUGUUUGAUUCAUCAAGCGAACUCGGUGACAUAACAGGUUUCUACAUGAUUGAUGAGGAAGGAAUUCUGCAAUCAGUGGAUGUGAGUGCCAAAUUUGUUAAUGGGAAGCCUUCAAGAAUAGAAGCCAAGUAUAUCAUGAGAAAUCCAAGAGAGUGGGACAGGUUUAUGAGAUUUAUGGAACGAUAUGCAAACGCUAAUGGCUUGCAGUUUGUCAAGAAAUGAGGUAAUGAGUGGACUUUGUUGGAUAGGUGUUCAAUUUUCUGUACGUUGUGACAUAGUGCUUUUCUGCACUAGCUACUUUCACAGUUUCUUCUUCCCUUUUGAGUUUUGUCUUGUUCAUAAAAGUAAGGGUACCCAUCAUUGCCCUCUUUUUAUCUCAAGAUAGCAAUUUUAUCCAAGUUGAUUAAAUCUCUGUAUCUCCAAUAGAAGGUGGCUCAUUCUAAUGUAUUUCUUACUUCUCGGUGCAGUAGCA